AGUUUCUGCUUUGUUCUCACCCGGCGUUUUCUGUGGCGCCAAAAGGAUUCAAGAUCCGAUCUUUUUCAAUUUGAACCAAACUUCAAAUUUCCCAGAUCUUUCUCAGAUUCCUUUUGAUAUUGAAUGUUUCAGUUUAGGUAGCUGAGAUUAAAGCCAUAAUCUUCAAGAUCUGCCAUUAUCAUGGCUUUCUCACAAAGGAAGAUGCCUGGAUUCUUUUGGAAUUUUCUAGUAGUGAUUCUGUUUGCUCAUUCUUGUCGUGGGUUUUACCUGCCUGGGAGUUACAUGCACACGUAUUCGACUAAGGAUGCUAUAUAUGCCAAAGUUAAUUCCUUGACUUCCAUUGAAACCGAGCUUCCUUUUAGUUAUUACUCUCUCCCUUACUGUAAACCUAUGGGCGGUAUAAAGAAAAGCGCCGAGAAUAUUGGUGAACUUCUCAUGGGAGAUCAGAUUGAUAACUCCCCUUAUCGGUUUCGAAUGAAUGUGAACGAGUCUCUCUACCUCUGCACUACCAGCCCCUUGAACGAGCAUGAAGUUAAGCUUUUGAAACGAAGGACUCGUGAUUUGUAUCAAGUGAAUAUGAUUCUAGACAAUUUGCCGGUGAUGAGGAUUGCGAAACAAAACGGGGUUAACAUUCAGUGGACUGGGUUCCCAAUCGGGUACUCUCCUCCGAAUAGCAACGAUGAUUACAUCAUCAAUCAUCUCAAGUUCAAAGUCUUGGUUCAUGAGUAUGAGGGGAGUGGUGUUCAGAUAAUUGGAACUGGGGAAGGAGGGAUGGGUUUGAUUUCUGAAGCUGAUAACACAAAAGUUUCUGGUUUUGAGAUAGUUGGUUUCGAGGUGGUGCCGUGCAGUGUUAAAUAUGAUCCGGAAGUCAUGACUAAACUCCACAUGUAUGACAAUAUCUCCUCCGUGAAUUGUCCCAUGGAGUUGGACAAGUUGCAGAUAAUACGAGAACAAGAGAGGAUCACUUUUACUUAUGAGGUUGAAUUUGUGAAGAGCAAUAUUAGAUGGCCGUCUCGUUGGGAUGCUUAUUUGAGGAUGGAAGGUUCCCGUGUGCACUGGUUCUCGAUUCUAAAUUCUCUGAUGGUGAUCACUUUCCUAGCUGGUAUUGUGUUUGUCAUUUUCUUGAGGACUGUGAGGAGGGAUUUGACAAGGUACGAGGAACUGGACAAAGAAGCUCAAGCACAAAUGAACGAGGAGCUUUCCGGAUGGAAGCUUGUUGUAGGCGAUGUUUUCAGAGAACCAAAUCAUUCGAAGCUUCUGUGCGUGAUGAUUGGUGACGGAGUUCAGAUUACAGGAAUGGCCCUCGUCACUAUAGUUUUUGCAGCUUUGGGGUUCAUGUCGCCGGCUUCACGAGGAAUGCUACUAACCGGGAUGAUCGUUCUCUAUCUUUUCUUGGGUAUUGCUGCAGGGUAUGUUGCUGUUCGCCUCUGGAGAACCCUCAAGGGAACGACAGCAGGAUGGAAGUCGCUCUCCUGGUCAGUCGCAUGCUUCUUCUCCGGAAUCGUCUUUGUUAUCCUUACAGCAUUGAAUUUCAUUCUAUGGGGCAACAAAAGUACCAGUGCAAUUCCCAUUUCCCUGUAUUUUGUACUAUUGUCCCUCUGGUUCUGCAUCUCCGUGCCUCUCACUCUCGUAGGAGGAUACUUAGGUACUAGAGCUGAAGAUAUUCAAUACCCUGUACGAACAAACCAGAUUCCUCGUGAGAUUCCUGCACGCAAAUAUCCGUCAUGGCUUCUCGUUCUGGGUGCCGGGACCCUUCCGUUCGGAACCUUGUUCAUUGAACUCUUCUUCAUCCUUUCUAGCAUCUGGCUUGGCAGGUUUUAUUACGUGUUUGGCUUCUUGCUUAUAGUCCUCCUUCUACUGAUCAUCGUUUGUGCCGAAGUAUCAUUGGUUCUUACGUACAUGCAUCUCUGCGUCGAGGACUGGCGAUGGUGGUGGAACGCUUUCUUUGCCUCCGGUUCAGUUGCCCUCUACGUGUUCCUGUACUCCAUCAACUACCUGGUAUUUGACCUACAGAGUUUGAGUGGUCCGGUAUCGGCCAUUCUUUAUCUCGGUUACUCCAUGAUCAUGGUGGUUGCAGUCAUGUUGUCUACAGGUACCAUUGGCUUCAUAACAUCAUUCUAUUUCGUUCAUUAUCUUUUCUCGUCCGUCAAGAUUGAUUGAUUAAAACAUCCAUUCGCUUCAUCUUUGGAAAGCUUUUGGCAUGUAUAAGAGGAUCACUUCUUCGUUCAUAAUCUUAAUGAGAUCGAAAGCUUCAUUCUCUUUAGGGUUGGAUGCUAUU